UGCACCUGACGAGCGACACUGGUGAGACCGUGCCACUUUUUCCGGAAACCAUCACGUGACAUACCCAAAUAUAUCGUCCUCGAUUGCUAUUGUUCUCCCCUUUCCAAACACACAUCGUAAAAAUAUGUGCUGAAAUCGGAAACAACUUUCCUAUCUCGUGAAUAAACCUCCUGCAUAAUGACCAGAAACUAAUUUGUGGUUCAGUCGGUCCACCUUGUGUCUUGCUGAGAAGGGAUAGACCUGCUGCCAGCCGCUAUGAGGCUUGUUGGCUUCCGAAAAUCCAGCGCCCGGUCUUGACAGGUUUCGUCAAUCAUUGCAUUAGACCGCCGGCACCAUGGCUGAGAAAGCGUCCAAUCUGUCUGGCACAAAACCGAAAACAAAAUCUGCCAAAUCGAGAGAACCAUUCUACGCUGUGUCCCCCCAGUGGAAGGAUGUCACACCAAUCCCUCUCAUCGACGGACCACCAGGUCAAAAGGAUCCAGGUCCUGCCCUGGCCACAAUCGCCUACUCCCCACGGUACAGCGAAGCAAUGUCUUAUCUUCGUGCUGUUAUGGCUGUCAAUGAGUUCAGUCGGAGAGCGCUGGAGUUGACGGAGGACAUUAUCGGAAUGAACCCCGCACAUUAUACGGUCUGGUUAUACCGGGCAAAGAUCCUGAAGGUAGUAUGGGAGCAUGAAGGCACACCCAUUGAAGACGGCGUCAAAGUGGAGUUCGAGUGGCUGGAUGGCAUUAGUGAGAGGACUCUGAAGAACUAUCAAAUUUGGCACCACAGAAAACUCCUUAUGUCAAUGCUAUCUACCUUGCCGCCUACAGAACCAGAGUUUCUAGCGCACAUACUUUCCUUCGACUCCAAGAACUACCAUGUCUGGACCUACCGGCAAUGGCUGUGCCGACGUUUCCCCAAUCCCCUAUUGACCACGGACAUGGAACUUGAAGCCAUUGACACGCUUAUCAAUGAGGACGUCCGCAACAAUUCCGCCUGGAACCAUCGGUACUUCGUCUGCUUUGGCGCCGAGGAGUUACGGAUCAUCGAGUCUGAAGGCGCCAACCGCAAGGAGAUUCUUGGCAGCGGCAAACUGGUUGUCGACGAAGACGUUGUGGAGCGAGAGAUCAACUACGCGAAAGACCACAUCGCAUGGGCACCACAAAAUCCUAGUCCGUGGAAUUACCUCAGGGGGGUCCUCAAACAUGCAGGCAUCCCAACUACGGACCUUCAAGUAUAUUGCGAAAGCUUCAUAGGUGGCAGAGGAGCAGAUCUGAUGGGCGAUCAAGUCAGGAGUAGUCAUGCCAUAGAUUGGCUGGCAGACAUUUACAGACAAGACGGAGACCUCGAGCGAAGCAAGCUGUGUCUGGAGGCUUUGGGCAAGAAAUGGGAUCCGAUAAGAAGGAAGUACUGGGACUAUCGGGCGAUGCAGUUAGCUGAGCUUUGAGUGAAUGGCGAUCUAAGGUUCAAGCAUUCGUCCAAGGCAAGAAAGAAGAGAAGACACAAACAAGCAGAGGCAGCGUGAACUGACGUGCGUGGCCCUUUGCGGAGCGCCCUAUACUUCGCGGU